UAUUGUUAAGUCUGCGGAAUCUGCAAAACAGGGUUUCAGGCAUGUUGACAAUAUGCAAAUGAAUAUUCUGCUGGGAGUCAGCCCACGUGGUGCAGGGAGUUUGCAGAUUUCAGCAAAAUGGCAGAGCAGCAGCAGCAACAGCAGCAGCAGCAGCAGCAGAGGAGGCAGAGGCUGCCCAAAUUCAGCUCGGAUGAGCUGGAAGUGCUGAUUGCCGAGGUGACCACCCAUCGGGACCAUCUUUUCAGCCGCGCCCACAGGCUGUCACAGGGGGAUCGCGACAAGAUGUGGCAAGAUAUCACUGCCAAAGUCAACGCGGUCUCACGGGUCAAGAGGUCCGUCAAGGCCAUCAAGACGCGUUGGGACGACCUUAUGCGGCGCACCAAAGAGGUGGCCCAUUUGGCACGAGAGGCCCGCCAAAUUCAAGUGGGACCCUGCGGAGCGGAAGACCUGACCCCGGAGGAGUGGCGAGUCCAUCAGGUCGUGCACCCUCAGUCCAUAAUUUGCACGGGGGGACUAGAUCCUGCGGACUUUCCAUAUUGGAGGGCAAUAAAGGAGGAAGGAGGAUCCUCUGCAGAGGAAGCUGGACCAUCAGGAAGACAAGUCAUUUGCAAUGAGGAUGGAGCAAGAAGUUGGACACCAGCCUCAGAAUCUCCAUCAUCUGCUCAUGUGCCACCCUCAUUACCAGAGGCAUAUCUUUCCCACAGGGACUCAUGCCCACCACCCAAGGCCAGUUUAAUUAAUGAGUUUGAUAGGCAACUGCUCACAUCUCAAAACCAGCAGACUGCACUCUUGAGAGAUUUUUGGGAAGGAUUCCAGCCCCUCAUGCAGGACCUCAUACAGGCAACCCGGGAGUUAGCUCGUGAAACUCACUUAGUUGCUGAGCAUACCCAUCAGGUGGCACAGCAGACAAAGGGAGUGGCUGAGAACACCAGAGAACUGGUGCUGCAGAACCAGCAGUUAGUCCUUCACACCCAGGAAAUGGCUCAAAACAUCUCAGAGAUACGCCUAUCCAUGCAGCAGCAUUUCUCCCAAACAUCCCUCCAGCCACUAAGGUUCAUGGGGUCUGUGCUUGAACAACCAAUCCACACAGCAAGUUUACAAGGGCACUCUCCCGCACAUCCUCCUCAACCCAAGAGUCCAGGACCUCCUGGGGCGCAGCAACCUGACACACUUGGUUUGGCACUAACAAGGAGGAACUCUAGGGCCCCAGAAAAGAAAAGACGAUUAGUCUGAGGACUAUGCUGCUCUGGGGAAGUUUGGAAUAGACUGCACUAUCUCAAACGAAGAUGCUGAAUUGUUUCAUGUAUAUUUUUACAUAUUUUGUUAUAUUUUUGAAUUCAAUGUAUUGUUCAACUUUCUUUUUCUAUUUUCCAAAGGACAAAAGUAUAUGCAAAAAUAUAAGGUAAUUUGUUAAUUUUGUUUAAACCUUAUUUUAAAAAAAUCUGUUACAAAGUAGUAUUGUGAUGAUCUAAGGCAAGAUAGGAGAAAGGAUUCUUGAUCACAGACAUAGGGCAGGAUUUUACACAUUGGUGAGCAGGGUGGGGCCCGCUCAAUGAUGCAUACGUAAAAUAACGCAUGGUGACAUCA